CUAGCAACUUGCCACGUGGCAUUCCGUGGCCCCACUCGACGCACUCCAUGUGAGAGCCCGACCCAACUUGAAGCGGAAACACUGGGAGUCGCGCAGUUCCGGCCGCCGGCACGAAUCCCCGAUCCCUAAAUCACAGAUCUGAUGUCUACUUUGUUAGGGUUCUAGGACCUCUGUGAAGCACCUGAUCGAUGGGGACUCUUCCGGGCUCCAGCUUCCUUAAUUUGAGCUACGGGUUCCGUCUUCUGCCCGUUGGCGGAGGAUUUAGGGAGCGGAGGAGGUGGAGGAAGCUCUGCGUGCAGUGUGAGAAGAGGUCGCUGGCAAUUUACUGGAGUGUGCGGAGGAUGAGGAGGAGGUUUGAUAGACUUAGGUGUUUUUCGUUGAGCGAUGGCGAGGGAGAGGAGGAUAGAAGGCCGGGGUCGUCGAGUAGGUCUGAUGAAGAAGUGGAGCACAGGAGUGGCGGCGGCGGCGGUGGUGAUGAUGAUGCACGGCCUGAGCGGGCUCAUGCAUCUGUUUCUAAUUCGAGGCCACCUAUCUCUUUAGAAGGGACGGUUUACAACAGCUUUCAGGUUGAUUCAUUCAAAUUGAUGGAACUCCUUGGGCCUGAAAAGGUUGAUCCCUCCGAUGUGAAGCUGAUUAAGGAAAAUCUUUUUGGCUAUUCCACAUUUUGGGCGACCAGAGAGGAGGCUUUUGGCGAUCUUAACGAAGGAAUUCUUUUUCUCGGAAAUUUGCGGGGAAAGAGGGAAGUUGUUUUUGCUAAACUUCAACAUAAACUCCGAGAAGUCGUAGGCAACAAAUAUAAUCUAUUUAUGGUGGAGGAACCUAAUUCUGAAGGACCAGACCCUCAGGGUGGACCUCGAGUGAGUUUUGGGUUGCUGCGAAAAGAAGUUUCGGAGCCAGGACCAACCACUUUAUGGCAAUAUGUUAUUGCUCUUCUCCUAUUUGUUCUGACUAUUGGUUCUUGUUUAGAGCUUGGAAUUGCAUCUCAGAUUAGCAGUCUUCCUCCCGCGGUAGUGCAGUACUUCACUGAUCCGAAUGCUGUAGAACCACCUGAAAUUCAACUUCUAUACCCCUAUAUUGAAACUGCUUUACCUCUGGCGUACACCGUGUUAUGUGUUCAGCUAAUUCAUGAGAUUGGUCAUUUUGCAGUGGCAUUUUCUAAGAAAGUGAGGUUGGGCAUUCCUUUCCUCAUUCCAAAUAUUACACUAGGUAGCUUUGGUGCAAUCACCCAUUUUAAGUCUAUUCUUCCCAAUCGGAAGGCGAAGUUUGACAUUUCCAUGGCUGGUCCAUUGGCUGGUGCUGCAUUCUCCUUUUCGAUGUUUUGUGUCGGCUUAUUGCUUUCGUCAAAUCCAGCAGCUGCAGGUGAUUUGGUUGAAGUACCUAGUAUGCUUUUCCGGGGCUCACUUCUCCUUGGACUCAUCAGCCGAGCAACUCUCGGUUACACAGCCAUGCAUGCUGCCACUGUUUCAAUCCAUCCUCUUGUAAUUGGUGGAUGGUGUGGCUUGACGACUUCGGCCUUCAAUAUGCUUCCUGUAGGAUGUCUUGAUGGUGGAAGGGCGGUACAGGGGGCUUUUGGAAAAAACGCGCUCUUUGCUUUCGGCUUGGCAACAUACUUGAUGCUUGGACUAGGACUGAUUGGUGGACCCUUGUCACUCCCAUGGGGCUUGUAUGUGCUAAUAUGCCAGAGAACGCCAGAGAAGCCUUGCUUAAAUGAUGUUUCAGACAUUGGAAAAUUGAGACAACUUGCUUUGGUGGCAACUAUUUCUCUUGUUGUUUUUACUCUUCUUCCAGUGUGGGAUGAGCUUGCUGAGGAGUUAGGAAUAGGUCUUAUGGCUGCCUUUUGACUUAGGAUUGAUUAAAUUUGGGUUUUUAUGUAAAUUUAUUUUUUGUUUUUUGUAUUGGUUUUGAUUGUGCUGAGCAAAUAAGUUUUGAUGCAAUUAUCAUACAUCAAUAAAUGCUGCACUAA